GUCCUGCCCCUUCUGUGCCUCUGUUAGUGGCAGUCUUGGGAACGUCGGCGAUCGCUCAACAUGGCGGGCGUGGAGCAAGAGGCCGUCCCGGUGGAAGAGAAACACCUGAACGGAGAGCUGCUCUUGGAGCCCGAGGAAAGAGAAAGCGGCGGUGGGGCCGCCGCCGAUGAAAACGCCAAGAAAAAACGCAAAAAGAAAAAGAAAAGCAAAGGAGGCGCAGUCGGACAACAAGAGAAUGAAAAAGAGCUAGAGGCAACACUUGAUGAGGUAGCAAACCAACUAGAUAAACAAACACUGGAAGAAAAGGAAAAAGAUGAUGAUGAAGAAGAUGGAGAAGGAGAUGGUGACAGUGCAGCAGGAAAGAAAAAGAAGAAAAAGAAGAAAAAGAAAGGACCAAAGGUGCAGACAGAUCCACCAUCUAUUCCAAUAUGUGACUUAUUUCCCAGCGGGAUAUUUCCAAAAGGCGAGGAAUGCGAGUAUCCAGCAACGCAAGAUGGGAGAACAGCAGCUUGGAGGACUACAAGUGAUGAAAAGAGAGCAUUAGAUCAAGCUAGUGAAGAGAUCUGGAAUGAUUUCAGAGAGGCUGCUGAAGCACAUAGACAAGUGAGAAAAUAUGUUACGAGCUGGAUCAAGCCUGGAAUGACCAUGAUCGAAAUUUGUGAAAAACUAGAAGAUUGUUCACGGAAGUUGAUACGAGAAAACGGCUUAAAUGCUGGGCUUGCAUUUCCCACGGGGUGUUCUCUGAAUAAUUGUGCAGCCCACUAUACCCCCAAUGCUGGAGAUCCAACUGUUUUGCAGUAUGAUGAUAUCUGCAAGAUAGAUUUUGGAACACAUAUUAAUGGUCGAAUCAUUGACUGUGCUUUUACUGUCACAUUCAAUCCAAAAUAUGACAAGCUCUUACAAGCUGUAAAAGAUGCAACUAAUACUGGAAUAAAGUGCGCUGGAAUAGAUGUUCGUCUCUGUGAUGUUGGUGAGGCUAUCCAGGAAGUCAUGGAAUCUUAUGAAGUUGAAAUUGAUGGCAAAACCUAUCAAGUGAAACCUAUUCGGAAUCUGAAUGGACACUCUAUUGGGCCAUACAGGAUACAUGCAGGCAAAACUGUUCCCAUUGUGAAAGGAGGAGAAGCAACAAGAAUGGAACAGGAACAUUUUGGGAUUUUGUAAAAAUGUCACAGAUGCGAUUACAAAACGCUGCUAUUGGAAUGUAAACUGGGUGCCAAGUGUUGCAAUCAGUCAUAACACCCAUAGUGCAGAAAAGCAAAUUAAGGAAACCAAAUAUGGAUGGACUGGGUUGAAAAAAAAUUCUGGUCAGUGGGAUGUCAAAAGAAUUAAUUAUGUUUUUAUACCACUGAUCUUUUGUUAUCUGUACAAUAAUGGCUCUUUAAAAAUAAUUCCAAAUUAACUGUUCAUAUGAUUAAAUGUUGCUCAUCAAAAUUAACAGUUUAAGAUGUUGUGAGGUGGGUUAAAAAUCUAAUAAAUAUACAGCACUGUUUUAGUACAGUGCAUUGAUACUCGCCAUUUUGCUGAUUGAUAGUCUUCACUGGUAGCUUCAUGUAAACAUUGAAUAAAAAGGGUCCCUAUGGUCUUAACAAGAAAGGAUCUUUCACCCCUAAAUGGAUUGCUCCAUUAGGAACUUUGUUAGAAGAUAAAUAUGCAUUCCCUUUGAGAACUGCUAAUUUGCAGGAAGUAAAUAAGUUCAAUCUAUUGUGUUUCUCGGAAAAUAGGACAUGUCCCGAAAAUAAGGCCAAGCCUGAUUUUUGGGGUGGGCGUAAAUAUACACCCUCCCCUGAAAAUAAGCCCUAGUGAAGGGGUGGGUGUGGCCAGCACAGGAGGCAGCCCUUCCCUUCCCCAGUCAGCUAUCCCCCUUAAUUGCGACCCGCGGAUCAGCUGAGCUGAUCGGGAGCUGCCUCUCAUUUUCUUUCCCCCCAGCGUUCUCGGUGCUCGCUUGCCUCCCAUUCAUUCAUUCAUCCAUCCAUCCCUUUCACCUGCAAACUCCUGCCCCACUCUCAAGAGAGCAGCCGCCUGGCACUUCUUGCCACAUGGUGCUCAUCCAGCAUUGAGGGUGGCUUCCCGUGGCUUUCAAACCUCGGCUGGAAGCCUCUGGAAACGGAGAAGACGCCGGUCGGGCCAGCCACCUGCUGCCAAGUCUUCUGGCAGCUGGGGCAAAAAGUCUUCUGGCAGCCGGGGCAGAGAAAUGGCAAAGGGAGCUACAGCCCCACAUGGUGAGACCGUGCCGCUGCCAUCUGAGCACUGAGGAUGGAUUCCUUUGUGGCUUCCAAAACCCAGCUGGAAGCUGAGAAGAGGUUGGUCGGGUCAUGGAGUUGGAACCAUACAGCGGGAAGUGUCUUGGUGCCUUCGGGUCGCUCGCGUUCCCCCCCCCCCCGGUAGGCCUCUCUGCCGAACACCCCGAUAAGGCCAAAGCCAUAUUUUGGGGGUCAAAAGAAAAUAAGACUCUGUCUUAUUUUCGGGAAAACAUGGUAAAUUUAAAGUGCAUUUUGAACAUGAACUAUUCUGCAGAUAAUAUGUACAAUUUUCAGAAAUUCUACUAUAGUUAAAUAAUAGUUUUUUGAAGAACAGGUAGUGGUCCUGGUACAGACAUAAUGCUAAAUUAGAAUUGCUUAGAAUCAAAAUCUUAUAGCUGUUUAUUUAAAACAGAUAAGAUUUAGAUACAAAGCUAAACAAACAUAUGAACCAAAGACUUACUGGUUAAAUCAGCCGCUCUUCCUGACAUAAGGAAUAAAAUGAUUACGUUUCUUGUUGAUAAAAAAAAAAGGUGAAUAUUAUGUGUAAACAGGAUUAUGGCCAGAUUAAUUUUGGAGUGGGUAGCCCAGUUCCGAUUCAUAAUUUUUAAGGUGUUAUAUACAUAUAUUAAA